AUGGAUACAAGCAGUGAUUCCGGCAGUUCACCCACAACUCAGCCUGUGGUGCCCUUCGCGCUUGGGCAGGUGAAAAUACUGAUUACCAAACCUUCUCACGCAAAACAUUUACUACCAUCAUUCUAAUAUUCAAAAUAAUGACCUUAAAAAUAUAUUCCACUGACACAAGAAGUAAAUGUUAGAAAAAUUCCACUCCUUUUUCAAAAACCCAAGCGAAUUUAAAUUCUAUGCUCUGACAAAACACUCAUGGAUUUGAAGUAAGACCGACAGACUGACUGACCGACUCACUAAAACUGACCGAUUCUCUAAUCGAGUGAUUUACGGAGCGCUUGACCACGCGGUUGAGCAGCCCGAGUGACCAUCAUCAACUUUAACUACUGAAAAACUGAAAAGAAUGUUAAAAUCCUAUAAUUUUUGUUACGUUCCACGGCAACUAUCUUCUCCUUCUUUCAAUUUUCAGUCGCUCAAAAAGUCCACUUUCUCUUUUAAACCUCAUUCCCACACUUCAUUCCACCAUAUGUCUCACUUUAAUCGAAAUGCUGCUUCUCUCUAACUUACUAGGGGCCUGACGCGAACCAAGCUAUACGCCAACAAAAUGAUCACCACGCAAAUCAAGCCAGGUAAGACGCUAAAAACAGUCAUGUCUGUAAAGAACUAUACUAAACAAAGUACCAUCUCCACCAUAUAGUACCUAAUAACCUGUACCCACCCUUAUCAACUUACUAGUAGUAAUCACAGGAUAUCACAGAAUAGGGACACGCAUUCGGCCGAAAUUCCGAGAAGGUAGGUGGUGAAAUAACCUGUUUUCCGGUGCGAGAAAGUAUUGAACAGUUUCCUAGCCGAAAAUGACACAAGGCAUUGGCAAAGAUAUCAUAAAAAGCAUACUGAGUUAGAAUGUUGUCACUGCAAGAGGCCAGAUUACAGUGACGAACUUACGCUUGUUACACUGUGCACAACUACGUCUAACCAAAAGUCAUAGUUUCACUUGUACUUUAUGGCACAGCUCUGCUGACCCAUAGCCUACGAUUCGGCGUAUUUUUAGGGCUAGCAAAGGCUGCUUGUUACUGAUGAGUUUUUGUAAUACUGCGGCCGACCGCCAUCUUUCAUUUUAUCGAUGACGCGAAUAGAAGUUAACCCACUGUUUUACGUAUCUUCCAGGUAUGGUCCACCAAACAUUGUAGCGGCGUCGAGUCAUGUUCAGCCACAGGUGUAUAUGGAAUCUUCUAUUUUAUUCAGUAAACAAGUAAUAAAAGCAACGUCGGUAAAACGGCAUAAAGCGGCAUUUUUGCCCCGAGGUGGCAAUUUUUUGGGCCAAAAAAAACAUACGCAUCUUCUCGAAAUGCCGGCCGCGUAGCCCCUGCAUAUUAGGACGGACUUAAUAUAUUUCGUUAAUUCCUAUUUUCAUAAUUAACUUAAGUUAUGGGUUUUAACCAGGUUCUUUUUUCCCUCAGGCUGGUGAUGACAUGCCGGAUCCUGUGGCAGUUUUUUUGUUCCUUUUCUUUAUCUGUCUCACUUGGAGAAAAGUUCACUGA